GUGUCUGGGAUUGGCCUGGCAGAGACAAGUGUGCUCCCAGCGCUGGGGAUACCUGCUGGAUCCUGGGGGAUCAGCUCAGAGAGGGAUAAACUUGGGAUGUGGAUCCCUAGGAGGGAUCUGUGCUGGCAUGUGGGAUGUGUGUGCUGCCAUCCUGGAGCUGCCUUGCAGAAGAGUGUCAGGUCAUCUGCUGGCUCUGGAGAUCCCUGCUGGAUCCUUGCUGGAUCCCUGCUCAUGGUCCUGCUCCACUGGGAUCCGAGGGCUGGCUGGGGGAGCCGCCACCACGCCAGGAUCCAGCCAGCCGGGAGGCCGUGCUGCGGGUGCUGGACGCGGGGCUGGAGCAGUACCUGGCGCUGCACUCGGCCAUGCAGUGCAUCCCCGUGCCCUGGCACAGGAAGCUCUCGGGCAAGGCGGGCAUUGACGAGGUGAUGGCGGCCGCGGUGCUCACCAGCCUCUCCACCAGCCCACUGGUGCUCGGGCACCCACCGGCCACUCAUGCCCCAGAGCCGGGCGGUGAAAUCUGGAAGGAGGCUCCUGCCAUGUCCUCCAGCUGCAGCAGCAGCAGCAACACCAGCGGGGACUGGAGCUGGGACCCCCCCAGCGACCGCUCCACCCCCUCCACCCCCUCACCCCCCCUCUCCAGCCACGUCCCCGGCACCUUCCUGCCCACCCCGCUGCCGGAUGAGGGCCCUGACGAGCCCAACGGCACCCACUUCAUCUUUGGAGAGCCCAUCCCACGGAAAAGGAAGAACUCCACCAAGGUGAUGUUCAAGUGCUUGUGGAAGAGCUGCGGCAAAGUCCUCAGCAGCUCCUCAGGGAUGCAGAAGCACAUCCGAACUGUGCACCUUGGCCGGAAAGCUGACCCCGAGCAGAGUGAUGGUGAGGAGGAUUUCUACUACACGGAGCUGGACGUGGACGUGGAUGUGCUGACAGACGGGCUCUCCAGCCUGACUCCUGUCUCACCCACCUCCUCGGUGCCUCCCGCCUUUCCCGGCCCCGAGGCUCCGGCUCCGCCGCUGCCUCUGGCACUGCCGAUCCCCGACCUGGCACUGGCCUCCCCCUGCAGCCCCCCGGGCCCCCCCGGCCGCUGCCACGUCCACACGGACCACGCGUACCAGGGCUGCCGGACCCCCCCGCGGCCACCGGUGUCCCCUUCCUCACCCACCCCACCGCCGCCCAAGCCACCCGCCGUCCCCAGGAGGCCGCGGGGCGAUGCCAAGAAGUGCCGCAAGGUGUACGGCAUGGAGCACCGGGAGAUGUGGUGCACGGCGUGCCGCUGGAAGAAGGCCUGCCAGCGCUUCCUCGACUGA